AUGGCCGACAAGCAAGGCACCCCCCAGCGGCGACUCCAGAGGCCUGCCAUAUUUGUCUGCGAUCUUCAGGACAAAUUCCGCAACGCCAUUUGGAACUUUGACAAGGUCGUCUUGACUUCACAGAAGGUCCUGCGGGCAGCCGAGGUUCUCCAGAUCCCCACAUUUGUCACUACUCAAAACAGGGCGAGGCUGGGCGAAACGGUGUCUGAGCUGAAGCCUUUGCUGGAGAAAGCCACUGCCGAUGUCGACAAGACCUACUUCAGCAUGUGGGUGCCGGAAAUCAGCAAGCACUUCCAGGCAUCGGCGCCGUCAGAAGUGGUGAUUGUGGGUAUCGAAAGCCACAUCUGCGUGACCCAGACCACAUUGGACCUCCUGGCAAAUGGACACAAAGUCUACGUGCUGGCCGAUGGCGUGAGCAGCUGCAACAAGGAGGAGAUACCCAUUGCGCUAGACCGACUGAGAAGGGAGGGCGCCGUGGUCACAACGAGUGAGAGUUGGCUGUACGAGUGCGUAGGAGAUGCCGGCAUCAGUGAGUUCAGGGACAUUGUCAAGCUGGUCAAGGAUACAAGCAGUGACACGAAGACGGCCCUGGGGGCGUUGUUGAGUAAGAUCUAG